AUGGCGGAUUUUGAAAAUGGUGAGCUGGAGAUGAUUGCAGAAGAAACAGAUGCGCAACCAUAUCAUGAAACUUUGCAUUCCAAAUUCCAAAAGCUUUUACCCAAUACACAAAGUGUACCAGUUUCUAUUCCCAUGGAGUCAUAUGAGAGAGAAACAAGUCUCGUUGGACAUGGUGGUUCAUUAUAUACUACACCAGAAACUGAUGAUUUGCAGCAGAAUAUAGUUGUAACAAGAAACAACAUAGAGGAGACCAAGAUAGAUAAAUUUUCAACUUUCGAGGGCACGGCUUCAAAUUAUUGGAAUAAAAGCUAUGAUAGCACAAAUGAACAUUUACUGAGAUCUGGACAAUUAGGAAUUUGUAACGAUCCUUAUUGUACUGCUUGUCCUACUUACUUCAAGUCUCCUCAGCUAGGAAAUCCAAAAGCUUGGAAUAAUCCUAAUCCGAAGAAUGCUCUUUAUGGGAAUGGCAAAGGUUUCUCAAUAUUUUUUUUUUCUUUAUGUUCAUCUCUUAUUCCUGGAGUUAUGAACCCUCACUCUAAAUUCAUCCAACAUUGGAACAAGGUUCUGGCCAGCGUUUGUUUGGUUGCAAUUUUUGUGGAUCCACUAUUUUUCUUCUUACUCUAUGUUCGGCAGGAUCGUAAUUGUAUAGUUAUCAACUGGAACAUUACAAAAGCACUUGUUAUAGUUAGAAGCAUGAAUGACUUCAUUUAUUUACUUCACAUUCUUCUCCAGUUUAGGUUGGCUUUUGUUUCUCCUGAGUCGAGGGUGGUUGGUGCCGGAGAUUUGGUUGCUCAUCCAAAGAAGAUUGCACUUCGUUAUCUGAAGGGUUAUUUUCUUCUUGAUUUAUUUGUUGUAUUUCCUCUUCCUCAGUCUCCAGCAGGAUUCAUAUUUGAGUCAGCAUGGGCAAAUUUCGUCAUAAAUCUUCUUAUUUUCAUGCUUGCUAGCCAUGUUGUUGGCUCUUGCUGGUACCUCUUCGCUUUACAGAGGGUUAAUCAAUGUUUCCGAAAUGCGUGCCAUAGUUCUAAUAUCCCUGGAUGCCUGACAUUCAUAGAUUGUGGACAUAGACAUGUUGUACUCAAUGAGCAGAGCCUAUCAUCAGACCAGUGGAACAACUAUCCAGAUGCUAUUGCAUGUUGGAAUUCCUCUUCCGGUGGUUCUUUUACUUAUGGGCUUUAUGCCAAUGCUGUACCUCUUACUACACAAAUAGAUAUAGUCACCAAAUACAUAUAUGCUCUAUUUUGGGGAUUACAGCAAAUCAGUACUGUGGCUGGUAACCAAACACCUAGCAUUUUUGUGUGGGAAGCCCUUUUUGCUAUUGCCAUCAUGGGAUUGGGACUUCUGCUUUUUGCGCUUCUCAUUGGAAACAUACAAAACUUUCUGCAAGGUCUUGGACGCAGGAGGCUAGAAAUGCAACUUAGAGGCCGUGAUGUUGAGCAAUGGAUGAGUCAUCGACGCUUGCCAGAAUACCUGAGAAGGAGAGUACGAGAGGCUGAACGGUAUAGUUGGACUGCAACAAGGGGAGUGAAUGAAGCAAUGCUAAUGGAGAAUUUUCCAGAAGACCUCCAAGUAGAUAUAAGACGCCAUCUCUUUAAAUUUGUUAAGAAAGUUCGAAUAUUUGCUCUGAUGGAUGAACCUGUCUUAGAUGCCAUUUGUGCAAGACUAAGACAAACAACUUAUAUUGAAGGAAGUAGAAUUUUGAGUUACGGUUCUGUGGUAGAUAAGAUGAUAUUCGUGGUGCGUGGUAAAUUGGAGAGCAUUGGAGAAGAUGGAACCAGAAUUCCUUUAUCCGAAGGGGAUGCUUGUGGUGAAGAACUCUUGACAUGGUAUCUUGAGCAUUCUUCUGUCAGUGCAGAUGGCAGAAGAGUAAGGCUUCCAGGACAGAAGUUGCUUAGCAACAGGACAGUAAGAUGCUUAACAAAUGUGGAAGCACUUGCACUCCGAGCAGCAAACCUUGAAGAAAUCACAAUCCUCUUCACAAGAUUCUUGCGUAGUUCGCGUGUUCAAGGAGCCUUAAGGUAUGAAUCACCUUAUUGGAGAUCCCUUGCAGCAAUCCGCAUUCAGGUUGCAUGGAGAUACAGAAUGAAACGACUAAGUCAUGAUAACUCCAAACUUUCAAAUUAA